AUGUUUGGGUUCUUCUGGUUUUUCAGCCUGUGGACCUCCUUGGGCCCCUCCCUGCUCCUUGUGGAGCUGAUGGGCAGACAGCUGGGGUUCAGUGUGGGACUGCAGGGUGCUCAGACUGUGGCAUGUUCCCGCUGGGGUAAAACGAGCAAUGAGGGUCUGUUCCAGAAUGGAGACGUGGUGAUCGGUGGACUAUUUAAUCUUCAUUACCAAACUCCAGCUAUAGACCAUGACUUUGCACAGCUGCCAUACUACAAACCCUGCACUGGUUUACAGUAUCCUUCCCUCCAGUACAUGUAUGUUAUGGUCUUUGCCCUGGAAGAAAUCAAUGCUAAUAAAACGCUGCUGCCUAGUGUGAAGCUGGGCUACCGUAUUUUUGAUUGUUGUGGCCGACCACCCUGGGCCCUCCAGGCAGCACUGUCACUAGCGGGAGGAGACAGCACCACCUGUAAUUAUACCAAUGAUAUCACCAGAUAUGAAGAGGACGUCGACCAGAGAGAUGAUCAUCGUGUUCCCAUCAUCAUCGGGGCUGCUUCAUCCAUAACGUCUGAGAUACUAACCAGAACUCUCAGACCAGUUUCUGUAAGCUAUCUCUCAAGCUGCCCCUGUCUCAGCAACAGGCUUGAGUAUCCAAACUUCUUCAGAACCAUCCCCAGUGAUGUUUACCAAGCCAGAGCCUUGUCCCAACUGGCCAGACGCUUCAAUUGGACUUGGAUUGGCGCAGUGGUUGAAGACAAUAGUUAUGGCCACACAGCAAUAAAAAUAUUCCAGGAGGAGACUCAGGAGGCAGGAGUGUGUGUGGCUUUCAUAGAAACUGUUAACUUGGAGAGCAUUUCCAGUGAUGCUAGACGAGUUGCACUCGCAAUCAAGGCCUCGACUGCAAGAGUGAUUCUGGUUGUUACUUGGUACACGAAUGUGCAGGAACUAUUUCUGCAUCUAGCAAAAAUAAAUGUAACUGACCGUCAGUUUAUAGCCAGUGAGGCUUGGAGCACCAGUGGUGAUCUUCUCCAAAACCCUGUCACUAGAAAAGUAGCAAGAGGUGUUGUUGGUGUUGCCAUCAGACGCUCAACUGUUCCUGGAUUUGAAACUUUUCUUAGAAGCUUAAACCCACUUCAUCGUCCCUUUGAUGGGUUUUUAAGAGAAUUCUGGGAAGCGGAGUUUAAGUGCAGUCCUGGGGCCGUUGCCUUGCUGCCUAGUCAACCAUCAAAUGUUUCUGCCUCUGUAUCUGUUCAAGGAUCUUCACUACCACCCUGCAGUGGAAAAGAGACACUCGAGGGACUGAAGAAUAUCUUGACUGAUGUGUCUCAGCUCCGAGUGUCAUAUAACGUCUAUCUUGCUGUUUAUGCUGCAGCUCAAGCUCUUCACAGCCUUCUCUCCUGCCCCAACAGAGACAGCAACUCCACCUGCUCUUCUCCAAAUAGCAUCAAACCCAAAGAGCUGCUGCAGCACUUGAACAAAGUGAACUUCACCACACCACAAGGAGAAAACUUCUAUUUUCAAGGUGCUGAUAUUCCAGCAAAGUACGACCUGGUCAACUGGCAGACGUCUCCUGAGGGAACGCAGAAACUAGUUCUGAUUGGUCGGUUGGAUGGGUUUGACAUCCAUCUUAACGAGUCAGCAAUUCAGUGGAGCACAGGAACAAACCAGGCUCCUUCCUCAGUGUGUACUGACAGCUGUCCCCCAGGCACACAAAGAUCAACUAGGAAAGGUGAACCAGUCUGCUGCUUUGACUGUAUUCCAUGUGCUGACGGAGAAUUUAGCAAUAAAUCUGGCUCAUUUCAGUGUGAGCAUUGUCCAUCAGAGUUCUGGUCCAACCAUAACAGAACUGCCUGUGUCCCACGUCAGCUGGACUUCCUCUCUUUUAAUGAUACUCUGGGCAUCACGCUGACUACAGCAGCUUUAUUUGGAGCCACAGUGACAACAGUUGUGUUUGUGGUAUUUCUUUGUAACCAUCAAACACCUGUGGUCCGAGCCAACAACUUAGAAUUGAGCUUCCUGCUUCUUGUGUCGUUGAAGCUCUGCUUCCUGUGCUCCCUGGUUUUCAUUGGUCGUCCAUCAGUCUGGUCUUGUCGCUUCCAGCAGGCGGCUUUUGGGAUCAGUUUUGUACUUUGUGUUUCCUGUCUCCAAAUUAAAACCAUGGUGGUUCUAGCAGCUUUCCGCUCCGCUCGACCUGGUGCUGAAGCCUUGAUGAAUUGGUUUGGUCCAUCUCAACAGAGAGGAAGUGUCUGCUUCCUGACAUGCGUACAGAUUAUCAUCUGCACUGUUUGGCUGUUCCUGUGUCCUCCUGAGCCCAAACGUGAUCUGGGCUUCCAAGGGUCAAAGGUUACCCUGCAGUGUGCCAUGGCCUCUGUGGUGGGCUUCUCUCUGGUCCUGGGCUACAUUGGCCUUCUGGCCUGCACUUGUCUUCUCUUGGCCUUUCUUGCUCGGAAGCUCCCAGACAACUUCAAUGAGGCCAAGCUGAUCACCUUCAGCAUGCUGAUCUUCUGCGCUGUCUGGGUGGGCUUUGUUCCUGCUUAUGUUAGUUCUUCUGGAAAAUACACUGUUGCUGUGGAGAUUUUUGCAAUCUUGGCUUCUAGUUAUGGUUUACUGCUCUGUUUGUUUGCUCCAAAGUGUUUCAUUAUUCUUUUAAGACCAGAGAGAAACACAAAGAAACAUGUGAUGUCCAGAUUAUAA